AUGAUGGAGAACAGCACAGAAGUGACACAAUUUAUCCUGCUGGGACUGACCAAUGACCCAAGCUUGCAGAUUCCCCUCUUUAUAACCUUCCUCCUCAUCUAUGUCAUCACUGCGGUUGGGAACCUGGGGAUGAUCCUGCUGAUUCUCUUGGACUCCCGGCUCCACACUCCCAUGUACUUCUUCCUGGGCAACCUGUUGCUGGUGGACUUUUGCUACUCUUCAGCUGUUACACCAAAGGUCAUAACUGGACUCCUAAUAGGAGACAAAGUCAUUUCCUACAAUGACUGUGCUGCUCAGAUGUUCAUUUUUGCAGCGUUUAUUACUGUGGAAAAUUACCUAUUGGCCUCCAUGGCUUAUGAUGGCUGUGCAGCGGUGUGUAAGCCCCUCCAUUAUGCCGCCACCAUGACAACAAGUGUGUGCACGUGGCUGAUCAUGGGCUCUUAUGUCAUUGGUUUCCUGAAUGCCUCCAUCCACCUUGGGGACACAUUCAGUCUUGUGUUCUGUAAGUCCAAUGUGGUCCAUCACUUUUUCUGUGAUAUUCCAGCAGUCAUGAUCCUCUCAUGCUCUGAUAGACAUGUUAGUGAACUGGCACUUGUAUAUAUAGUGAGCUUCCAUAUAUUUUUUGCCUUCAUAGUCAUAUGGAUAUCAUAUAUAUUCAUUUUUGCCACCAUCCUAAAAAUGCAUUCAGCUUUAGGACAUCACAAGGCAAUAUCAACUUGUGUGUCCCAUUUCACUGCAGUCUCUAUUUUCUAUGGGACCAGUAUCUUUAUGUAUGUACAGCCCAGCUCCAGUCACUCCAUGGACACAGACAAAAUAGCAUCUGUGUUCUACACUAUGAUAAUUCCCAUGCUAAACCCUCUGGUCUACAGUCUAAGAAACAAGGAUGUUAAGAGUGCAUUCACAAAGAUUGUUUUGGAGGCAAAAUAG